AUGAAAACCCCAGAUAUCGGAAAGACUGCAAUAGAGCGACCUACUGGCCCCCCAGACGAAAGCAUCCUCAACCGAUCUUGCGUAUACAAGACCGUGACACCAGUCUUUGAAAUACAAGCAGACACAAAGGACCCAGCUGCUGAAACUCUGACCGUUGUAUCCAUCGACUAUUUUUCUGAAGGUUUAUAUGAUCAGCCGUUGAGCCAUCGCGCAUGGGCGUUGCAGGAACGCGUGAUGGCCGCGCGUGUUGUCAGCUUCGGUUUGGGUGAGCUUUUCUGGGACUGCGCUCAGCUGCCCAACACAUGCGAGUCCAUCCCUGGUGGCUUACAAGGAACACAAGUGGAAGCAAAAGAUCUGAGUCUUUUUGGCCUGGCCAGAAAGUCCAUGCCCGACGGUUCAGAUGACAACGCCUUGCUAGAGGCUUGGUGGAGUCUGCUAGGCGAAUACACGAAUCGGAGGCUGACGUACCCCAAGAACGAUAAGCUGGUUGCCCUGUCUGCCAUUACACUUGAGUUAGCACAAAGCAUCCCUAGUUGGAGCUGGGCAUCAAUGGAUGGUCCAAUUUUUGCCUGGAUGUCCUCUUGGAAAGGCAUGCCAGGUUACUACGGUAACUAUCAGCAACUGGCGGAAGCAGUCUCAUACACUCUCGAACUGGCCAGCACGGACAACCCGACUGGCCCUUGUGUCUCUGCGAGCCUCUCGAUCAGGGCAUACUGCACCGAAGUCCAGUGGAAACGUGAAAACAACCCGGUAAUCGUAGCCCGCUCUGAAAUGUGGGCUAGUCGCAAUAUUGACUUUACGUUCGAUUUUGACGAACGCGAAAUACUACGGCUAGAUGGAUCCAAAUAUCUGUUGGCCGCCAUAACCGAGCAAGAACGGUUGGAAACAUGGUCGGGUUUAGUCCUAGAGAGUGAAUUUCAAGCAGGGGAAAUACGAUACAGAAGAAUUGGCCACUUCGUGAUUGAAGGAGCCAUUCGAGUUGCGGCGACUGGAGAAACUGAACCGGCUGCUGGCUGA